UGGCUCAUCCAAAUAUUCAACAAUUGUUAGCGGCUCUAUGGUAUGAAGGUGUACCUGGUUUUCGACGAAAAUCGGCGGCCGAAAAGAUGUUAAUCAUUAUUCGUGUUGUCGUUUUCUUCCCGUUAUAUUGUUUCUUAUAUAUGCUUGCUCCGGGCUGCGGUAGUGCGAAACUUAUGCGAAAACCAUUCAUGAAAUUCUUGAUUCACGCUUCUUCUUACUUGUUUUUCUUGUUUAUUCUAAUUUUGGUGUCACAAAGAGCGGAGGUUCAUGUGAUACUGAUGUUUGGAACGGAAAGUAUGCGGAAAAGUAUGGAAGAGCAGUUGAGGCGACAGCGUGGUAACGGGCCGUCGCCAUUGGAAUAUCUUGUUGUGCUUUAUGUGGUCGGUUUCAUAUGGGAAGAAACGCAGGAAAUUCUAAACGAAGGAAUUCGCAGCUAUUUACGAAAUAUGUGGAAUUUUAUUGACUUUUCGCGUAAUUCCCUGUAUUGUCUUACUGCAUUAUUGAGAGUGAUUGCAUACAUCCAACAAACAUCCGAAAUCUCUAGAGAUCCAACAACUGCUUACAUUCCGCGUGAGCAUUGGGACGAUUUCGAUCCGCAAUUGAUUGCCGAAGGCUUAUUCGCCGCGGCCAAUAUCUUCUCCGCCAUAAAAUUGGUUCAUUUGUUUUCGAUCAAUCCUCAUUUGGGACCGUUGCAAAUUUCUCUCGGUCGAAUGGUUAUCGAUAUCGUCAAAUUCUUCUUCAUUUAUUCGCUCGUACUGUUUGCAUUCGCUUGCGGUUUGAAUCAAUUAUUGUGGUACUUUGCCGAUUUGGAACAUCAAAAAUGCUAUCACAGACCAAACGACAUGGCAGAUUGGGAAAAUCAAGGUGAUGCUUGCAUGAAAUGGCGUCGUUUUGGAAAUUUGUUUGAAUCGUCACAGUCACUGUUUUGGGCCAGUUUCGGUAUGGUUGGUUUGGAAACCUUUGAAUUGGAAGGCAUUAAAUCGUACACACGAUUCUGGGGUCUUCUCAUGUUUGGUUCAUAUUGUGUAAUCAACGUAAUCGUCUUAUUGAACCUGCUCAUUGCCAUGAUGUCCAACUCAUAUGCAAUGAUUGAUGAACAUUCCGACACUGAAUGGAAAUUUGCCCGAACAAAACUAUGGAUGAGCUACUUUGAAGAAAGUGGCACUUUGCCUCCGCCAUUCAACAUUUUGCCAUCGGUUAAAUGGAUUACACGAUUAUUUAAAGGCAACAAAACAAAAGAACUGAAACGAGGCUCAACAAUACGUCGCCGUGAAGACCGUGAAAAUCGAUAUACAAAUGUGAUUAAAUCGUUGGUAUGGCGUUACGUAUCGGCAAUGCAACGUCGUGAAGAUGAUAGUGCUGUGACCGAAGACGACAUCAAUGAGGUGAAAGGUGACAUUUCAGCUAUGCGAUAUGAAUUUCUUGAAAUAUUCGAAAGAGCCGGCAUGGAUACAUCAACGGCUGAUAAAAAAGAGAAAUCACAUUUAGCCAAACGUAUGAAAGUCUGGGAACGACGUUUAAUGAAAGAUUUUCAUGUCGGUGCAGCGAAUGCUGAAGACAUCGAAGAGAAACCGGAAAAAGAAAAUGACCGAGGUUUGGCACGUUUCCGUCGUGUUGCAAAUGUAGUGGCAAAUCAAACGACCAGCCAUAAAUGGACAGAGGCUGUUCAAAGUGUGGCCGAUACACAAAUCGGCCGAUGUCGGAACAGAGAGAGCUUCCGAAAUCAACAGAAUUUAGCCAAAGCCAUGACCGAAGCCAAAAAAUUGGUGCAACACAGUCCAAUUCAAUCACGACCAUGCACUCCAAUAUCAUACAAUGAUCCAACUACAAAUACAUUGCUCGAGUUAUUGAAAAAUAUUAGCGAAGAAGUUGGUGAAUAUCCUGGCGGAUCAACACCAUCGAGUAAACAAGAACGUGAAAAUUCAAUAAUACAGUUGCAAGCAAUGAUUGGAAGUAAGUCACCAUCACCAGUGCCAGUGCAUAUUAUGCAAUUGGCCGAAAGUAUGUCAAAGAUCGAAGAUGAAAAACAUCGUCAAUCAAUUUCAUCAUCUCUUGAUUUAAGAAAUCAAGAUGGACAGAUACUAUCGCCACCAACCUUACCUCAGUCAUCACCGAUUUCCAGUCCAACAAUAUCACCUCGUAUAAAAUCACCGUCACCAUCAAAAUCUCCGGAGCCAAAAGGUCGAAAAUCGAUCACAUCGAUUGGUUCAUCACCAACCAAAGGAAUGGCACCACUACCAGAGAUUCAGAUCACACGCACUGAAUCAAAUCGUUCGACUACCAAUGAAAAAUGGGUUCGACCACCAGAAUUGGAAGGAGAUAAAGGUGUACCAAAGGUGAUAAAACGUCGUGCACCGGCACCAGCAAACGGUGGUUCAGAUAUGGCCAUAUCUCGACCAGUGGCCAAUAAGGUUGAUCAAAGCAAAGGAAUGAUACCACCACCACCAUUGAAGAUUCAAACGCCAUUGAAGAUUCAAACGGCAUCAACAUCUGGUAUUCCACCAUCACCAAAGAAGGUUGCUGAAAGACCAGCAUCACCACGUCCAGUAUCGCCUGUGCAACGUCCAGUAUCACCAUCACCACGAAAAUCCCCAACACCACCGCCACCCAAGCCACUGGACUCCAUCAAUUCAUCGUUCAAACCACAAUCAAUGGAAUCGGUAACAGGCAGCUCGGAAAGUUUGGUAAAAUCCGGUGGACCAUCAUCACCAGCUUUGAGUCCCAGCCGAAGAGUGAGCGAUGUUUCGACGGUAAGACGUCAACCAAAAACUGGUUGGCUCUAAAUGGCCAACGCAUUGAAGAUUUGCGAUUAUUUUUUUUUGUGUUUUGUUGAUAAAAAUUGAAAGUUCGAUGAAACUGAUGCAACCAAUAUUAAAUAUUAUUGUGCACUUAUAACGAGCAAACAUAUCAAUAAUUAUUGAGGAAAGUGCAAAAUGGAUAGAAAUUUAAAAGGAAAAAAAGUCAGUUUCAUCGAUCGUUACACAAUUCAAAGGCCAGAGAAAGAGAAAGAUUUGGAAAAACGGAGCUAAAAAUGUAUCUCUGGCGUAGGAUACCACUUACUAUUACUAUAUAUAUACAUAUUUAUACAAUCAUAAAUAUAUUAAAUAUAGGGGCGUAUUUUGUAUUGAAAUUUUAGAAGCAAUGACAUAAACAGGCAAAUAAUUCAUCUAAAGUGUAUGAACCAAUGAUAAAUGCUAUCAAUGCUAAUCUUCAAAUUCUAAUAAAUAUAUUUAAAACCAAUCAAA